AUGUGGUAUGUUUUAAAUGCUGUUGAUCAGCUCAGCAGAGCACUUAAAUCUUCACAAGAGAAGACUGAAAAUGAAGAGUGUGAUGAAGUUCUGCACAUCAAGACUCAGACUGAGCUCACAGUGCUGCAGAUUAAAGAGGAGUUUAAGAAGCUUCUUCAGUUUCUGCGAGAUGAAGAAGAAGCUUCAAUCACUGCACUGAGGAAAGAGGAAGAGCAGAAGAGUCAGAAGAUGAAAGAGAAGCUGGAUGACACAUAUUCAAACAUCGAGAAACUCAAACUCUUCUGCUUGGAUGAAGAACAGCCCGUGUGUGUUGUGUGCAGAGAUUCAGAAAAACAUCUCAGUCACAGAUUCCGCCCCAUUAAUGAAGUUGUGUCAUCUUACAAGGAGCAGCUCAAAACUGCACUGAAGUCUUUAGAAGAGAAGCUUAAACACAUAGAAAACAAUAAAAGAGACUGUGAUAAAACAAUCCAGCUCAUCAAGACUCAGGCUGAGGGCACAGAGUGGCAGAUUAAUAAGGAGUUUAAGAAGCUUCAUCAGUUUCUGCGAGAUGAAGAAGAAGCUUCAAUCACUGCACUGAGGAAAGACGAAGAGCAGAAGAGUCAGAAGAUGAAGGAGAAGCUCGAGGAGAUGAACAGACAGAUCUCAGCUCUGUCAGACACAAUAAAAGACAUAAAGGAGAAGAUGAUGCCUCACACCAGUGAUGCCUCAUUUCUACAUAGAUUUAAUGUCACACUAGAAAGGUAAGUUAGAUGUUGUGUCACUUGUGUCUUUGAUUGUUAUCUCAAACUCAUUGCAGUUCUAACUGGUGGAUGUUAUUUUAGAGCCCAGAGUUCACAGCAGGAUCCACAGAUGCUUUCAGGAGCUUUGAUUGAUGUGGCAGGUCAUCUGAGAAACCU